CUUUGCUGUCAAACGGAAAAUGGCAGCGACGAGUGUUGUCGUUCUCGACAGAGGCAACAAUACAACUUGUACCGUAAAUCUUUUCGGUGCAACAGUAGUAUCAUGGCGGGUUAACAAUCAAGAACAAUUAUUUGUAAGUAAACAGGCUGUGUUCGACGGGAAGAGAGCGAUACGAGGAGGAAUACCGUUUGUAUUUCCUCAAUUCGGACAAUGGGCGUUCGGUCCUCAGCACGGGUUCGCGAGGGUGGCGCGCUGGCACGUGGAGAAGAUGCCGGAGCGGCUGCCCAGCGGCGACGUCGAGGCGGUCUUCAGCCUCAUGGACGACGAUUUCACGCGCUCCAUGUGGCACUUUCAGUUCAGGCUGACAUACCGACUGAUCCUCAGGGAAAAGGAGUUGCACUUUAAUAUCGGUGUCUACAACCCUAGUAAAGAGUUAACCUUUAGCUGCCAGUUGCUUCUGCACACCUACUUCAAAGUGCCAGACGUGCGCCGCUGCCAAAUUACUGGCAUGCACGGCUGUAUGUUCAUUGACAAGACACGAGAGGGUGCGGUCUACCAGGAGACGCGUGAAGUGGUGACAAUCAACGAGUGGACGGACAGGAUCUAUCAGAACACCAUGCAGGAGCACAUCAUCACCAACGUCGUUAGCGGACGCAAGAUGAGGAUACAGAAGUACAACUUCCCCGAUACUGUGAUCUGGAACCCGUGGGCGGAGUUCGCGAAGGAGAUCCCGGACUUCGGCGACGACGAGUUCCCCAACAUGGUGUGCGUGGAGGCGGGCCGCGUGGCCGCGCCCAUCGUGCUGCUGCCCGGCACCGCCUUCGAGGCCAGCCAGAUUCUGCAGGUGAUGUAAGGGUGUUACGCCGCAUGCCAUCCAGCCGUCCAGUGAGCGAGGUCAAUUUGCGUGAAUAUUCUAAUGUUAUGACAAUAUUGUUGAUUCCAAGAAGCAUCGUUCCUUUUGUAUUUGUAAAAUAUUUUGCAAUUUCAAUUACAAAAACUAUUUAAUUGUAAGACAGUUUUAAAGCUAUAUUCCUUUUUUAAAUAACAAGCAACAGACGGCAAUAGGAUUAUGAAAUACAAUUAUAAUUUUAUUAACUUUUGAAUAUUAUGAAGUGAAAAUCAUUCGAAACGACAAUUAAAUUUUUUUAUGUUUCCAUUGUCACCCUUCAUGGUUGCACAAUUGAGGUGAAAUUAAUAAAGUAAGGUUAAAGGUUAAUGAGAAACGUUCUUAGGUAUCAUUGUGUUUCAUAUAAAUAUUGUAUAAGGAAGUAUGAAACAUAUACAAUUAAGUUCUACGUAUUUAUCAAUGGAUUUUGUCAGUUAUUUUUACUUUAUCUUAUGAUGGGGCUUAACUUCAAUAUUUGGUAAUUAAUGUGUUUGCAGUUCUUCAUAAAGUCACCGUGUUGUAUUAAUUAUUGUAAGUAACUAAAAGUGAUCACGGAAAUUUUCAUCACAAACGCGUUUUAUUAACACGAAGGUUUUUACUUUUUGCUUGUGAUUUGUUUCCCAACGGUUCUCAUUUGGAUUUGUAUUGAUCUCUCACAUUUUAGUUGAUUUUUCUAUGAUCUAUAAAAAAAUGUUUAACCAAGUUAACUCGGAAAUUCCGUAUGACUCAAAUAAGUUCUAAAUAGUAGAUUUUUUAUAACUUAUAUAUUGAAAAUUGAAAAAUUCAAUGAUAUAACAUUUUUGUAGACUAUAUCAUCAAAACGUAAAACAAAAUGUGAUAGAAGAUUAAUACAUUGAGAAUAUGAGUAAUUGGUUAGACUUCACACUAUUCAAUGUCUAGACUGGACAACUAUCCGCAAAUCAACCUGCCUCUGUAAAAAAAUUAAGUAACAAAGUCGAGUCUUGAUUAUGAUAGAAUAAUCUUGGGAUUUUAAUCAAUUUGUUUAUACUAAUACUCAUAAACUGGGUUGAAUGUGAUCUUAUGAAGUCAUCAAACUGAUUUACAUUUAAAUAAAAAAUGUUUAAAUUUAUUGCUGAAAACAUUCCAGUUCAUUCCAUUUAUUUUAUGUAUAAUUUUAUAUUAAAAAAAUAAUCAUAACAUCAUUCAUUUACAUAUAUAAUUAAUUAUCAGGAGAAAUCACAUUUAAUCUUAUACCUAAUGAUAAUGUUGCUGUCUAAGGAAUCUUACUUCUUUCUUCCAAACGUCAUUCAGACUUGCUUCCUUCUUGUCUUCCUAUUGUUUGGGUUUUGAGGUAAUAUUUUUGUUAAAAAUUUCAUACCUACUUGUUAAUAUUUGUGUUUUUUUUAUCUGACAGGUAAAAACAUACUAAUUACAGAAUACGUGAAGGCAUAUUAAAAACUCAAUUAUAAUAUUAUAAACAAUAAUAUGAUGCCCAAUCUACUCAUAACUGAAAAUACUCAAGACAAUAUUUUGUUUAGUAACUUAUUUUUAUAAAUGUUAGCUGUUAAUGCGAUGCUUUUAUAAUUUAUAAAUGAUAGUUACGUUAUAGGACAAUUUUCACAUUCUGCUUUAUCUAUUUUUGUAAUGUAAUUAUUGUAAAAGCCUUGUCACUUUAUUGAGAAAAUUGAUGUUAAAUUUUUAACAUACAUACAGCAAAGUAGUUUGUACAAAAUGUCAAUCUUUUUGAGAAAACUAUUUUGUAUUUUUUUUUUCGGAUAUGUUUUGGAGGCUUUUAAAGUAUACGACAAAUAAUAUAAGAAUAUGUACUUAGAUAUAAUGAGUUCCUUGUUUUUUUAAGACUUAAUGCAAUUUUUGGUGCCUACUCAGACGAGUGUAACAUUAAUGUCAUCUGUUUCUUGUACUCGUUAAGUAUUAUUUCGAUGCUUUCUUUUUAACUGGUAUUUUGGUGAUUCUAAAAUGUAUAAUAACUUGUAAGAAAUAACAUAACAUCAUGUAAUCGAUAAUUAAUCGAACAAAUAUUUUAGGUACAUUGAAUUUUUUAUCUUUCUCGUAAAAUUUGAGAAUAUUCAAUAUAUUAAUAAUGGUGAUUUUUAAACAUCGAAAUUUAGCGACAAAGUGUACUUCCAUAGGUGCAAUAAAGUGAAGUAAUUAGAAAA